UCAAAGAAGGUACACAUGAUAGGCGUAUGUGGUAUUGGUGGAAUCGGAAAGACAACAAUUGCUAAAGCUAUCUUCAAUUUACUGCAUACACAUUUUGAUGCAUACAGCUUUUGUGAAGAUGUUAAAGGGGUUGAAAAACGGUUUGGGUUAGUCCAUCUCCAGACAAAUCUUCUUGAGGAUCUUACAAAUGUCAGAAAUCUUAAAAUACGUAACGUAAGUCAUGGUAUCGGCAUAAUAGAGAGAAGUAUGCUGACCAAAAAGGUCCUUGUUGUACUAGAUGACGUAGAUGAUUACAACCAACUUGAAGCACUAGUCGGAUCGCCUUCUUGGUUUGGUCCUGGAAGUAUUAUUAUUGUUACUGGUAGAGAUAGACAAUGGCUCAGUCCUCAUGGAGUUGAAGAGAUAUACGAGGUUGAUCUUUUGGAUGAUAAUGAAGCUCUUGAGCUUUUUAGUCGUUAUGCUUUCAGAACCAAACAUCCAAACGAAGAGUUUAUACAUCUUUCUAACCAGGUAGUUAACUAUGUCAAGGGACUUCCUCUUGCUCUUAAGAUUUUGGGGAGUUUCCUAUUUGGGAAAACUGUAGAGGAAUGGGAAAGUCAGCUGAAAAAGCUUCAGAGAUACCCUCAUUCACAAAUACAGCAAGUACUCCGAAUAAGUUAUGAUGCGCUAGAUUAUGAUCAAAGGGAUAUCUUUCUUGACAUUUCAUGCUUCUUUAAAGGGGAGAAGAAAGAUUACGUCAGGAAAAUAUUAGAUGCAUGUGAUUUGUAUUUUGCAACGAAUAUCAGAAUUCUUAUUGACAAGUCAUUAAUAUCAGUUCGUAAUGAUCGACUGUAUAUGCACGAUUUGGUCCAAGAAAUGGGUUGGCAAAUUGUACAUGAAGAAUCUGAAGAGCCAGGAAAACGCAGCAGAUUAUGGUUUCCAAUGGACGUGCUUUCCGUGUUAAACAAGGAUAAGGGAACUGAAUCUGUUAAAGGCCUGUGUUUGGAUGUUUCGCUUACAGAAACGAAUGUCUCUGGUGAAACCUUUGCAAAGUUGAACAAAUUACGGUUACUAAACCUUUAUAUUCGCAACUGGAAUAACCUUAGAGACGCCAAUGGCAAAAUACGAGAGAGUAAAAUGGGCGUAGAAACGAAGGUGAAAGCAACUUCUGGAAGGCUUGCAUUAUUGUCCAGUGAACUUCGGCUUUUUUGUUGGAACGGGUACCCUUUCCAGCAUUUACCAUCAACGUUCUACCCUGAAAACCUUGUUGUUCUUGAUUUGUCUUAUAGUUACAUAAAAGAAAUUUGGAGCGGAUCACAGGGUUUCAUGAAGUUAGUGUCGAUAAAUCUUGGUCAUUGUCAUAACUUAACAAAGACACCAGAUUUUACUAGAUAUCCGAAUCUUGAAGAGCUGGUACUCGAUGGUUGUGAGAAUUUGAAUGAAGUUCAUCCAUCUGUUGGAACACUUGCAAGUCUCGUUGUCUUGAAUUUGAGAAACUGUACAAGCCUUGUGAGCCCUCCUAAGUGCAAUGAUUUGAAAUCUCUCCAAGUUCUUAAUCUUUCUGGUUGCAAAAAGUUGGACGCAUUUCCUGAAGAACUUGGUAAAAUGAGAGCGCUAGUGGAGCUUCAUGCUGAUGGCACUCGCAUCGACCAACUCCCUUCUUCUAUAUUGUCUCUUCAAAACCUUCAGGUGCUCUCACUUGGAAGAGGAGCAGAGAUGGAAAAUAAAGCGUUGGGUUCGUUUCUCUGGCCUUCAUUCUUACACAGAAAUACGCACCGUCCACCAAGUUUGGCAUUGCCAUCUUUUUCAAGUUUGAGGUACUUAAGAGAUAUUGAUGUUAGUCACUGCAACAUAACGAAGGCCAGCCUGGAUGGCAUUGAAAGUUUGUCAAUGCUUGAAACCCUGAACCUGAGCGGGAACGAUUUCACAAGGUUGCCUAGUUUCGCCAAACUUUAUAAACUUGAAACACUUGGUCUGGUCGGGUGUAAGAAGAUGGAAGCACUGCCAGAACUUCCACCGAACAUUCAAUUAGUUGAGGCACAGGACUGCAUAUCAUUGAGGGAAUUGCCCGUGAAUUCAUCCCUGUACAAAAGUAGCAUUCAGUGCUUCGACCUCACCAACUGCACAAAAGUGAUUGAGAAUCAAUCAGUUGAAAGUCUGGUAACCAUGUUGCUGCCACAGGGACGCAUUGAUCCGUAUAAGAUAGUGAGUGUAUUGCUUCCAGGAAGUAGGAUUCCUGACUGGUUUACCAAUCAAAGUAUGGGAGAUUGUGUAAGGCUGGACUUACCUCCAGAGUGGUGCUAUGAGAAGUUUAAAGGCAUAGCAUUUUGUCUUGUUUUUACCUCUAGAAAUCGCAAUGGUCGCAAGAGUAGCUACGGAUCAAUUGGAUAUAGAUUCAAGAACUUUGAUGGUACUCCCAUUGGCGUCGAGACUCCCAUACCAGAUUCAAUAUUUCAAUAUGAAAACAUAGGGAUCAAGUCAGACCAGAUGCUGCUGAGUUACCAUCAAUCUGAACCGGAUUGGAAGAAAGCCAAGGAUUUCAUUACGGUUUCCUUUGAUAUUUAUGGUGCAGAUUGUAUGGUGAAAAUGUGUGGUGCAAGACUGGUGUUUGAGGAAGACGAACAGCAAGAAGAAGGUAGUAGGUCAAGAAUGAUUCAAUGGCUACCUCCUCCCUCACUUGAAGAUCACGAGCCUAAACGACAUGUGUAACAUUCGUGUUUUUGGUUCAUUUAGACCGGGAGUGUUCAGGUUUGUUGAGUUUGUGAUUGAGGAACAAACAAGCAUGCAUAUUACAAAUUCAUCAUCUACUAUACGGCUCGAGAUGCUCGAACUUAAAUAUUUGUUUUGUUUCAUUUUCAUGUAAACCAAUAAUCAGGGAUCUACGUAUUAUGUAUUUAUGGCUUUGGCCUGCUGUGCAGUAACUGGUUGUUACAAUUACUCCGGCCUCGU